AGGACAGAGUAUACGAAUCCAAAUAUGCUCUCCACAACUUGUCUUAGGGUUAGUUAUCAUUUUUAAAGAGUUUGGUUUAUUGGUUUACCGUAUCAAAACCAGAGAUUGCACUAGAACAAACCAUAUUUUAGGUGAAAUGAAGGAUACGUAUACAUCUGGAUAAAUAAUGGAACAUUUACAUAAACUGAUAUUGUGUUUAGCUAUUUCUUCACUUUACUGCUUUGUACAGACGACGACAGAAGAACCAUGUACGGAACACAGUGACUGUCAAUCGUGCACCAGUGUUAAUGUUUACGAACCCUCUCGGAAUGUAAAAUGCAAGUGGUGUCCACUUGACCGACGGUGUCAUUCUCUCAACUCUAACGGUCCUUGUAAUGACUACAUGAAUGUUGAACAAAAUACUUUGUGCCCCGAAGCAAGGCACGAGAAAUACGACCCAGAAGAGGGCUACAGGCUCGCGCUUUUAUCAGCCGUUGCUUAUGCAGAACCAGAAUACGUGCAGAAAUGCCUGUAUCACAGUCUCCCCAGUUAUGAUUUCGAAUUAGUCGAGGCGAUAGGAAGGAAAUGUAAUCUAAGAUUCAACGACUACAAAGAAUGCUUUGCAUACACUGCAAUAUCUCAUAGACGAAGCGCAAUUAUUUUAUCAUAUCGCGGCACAGCUAGCACACCGAAAUUUAAGCAGUUGUGGGAUGAAGCGAUGGAUACUUUCAAAGAAGAGAAAGACUUCAGGAACAAUGGUAAAGUCCAUGCUUAUUUUCAUUACGCUUUUAACAAACUCUACGAUCCUUGCCUAAGAGAAAGCAUUCGGAAGUUAACGAGACAAUAUAUGAGCUAUGAUGUUAUAGUCACUGGGCAUUCACUGGGAGGGGCGAUGGCUUCCCUUGCUGCCGUAGCCUUAGUGAAAGACGGUGUUGUUCCAGGGAACAGAUUGAGCCUUUAUACAUUCGGAAUGCCGAGAACGGGUGAUAAAAAAUUCGCAUAUGGACAUGACCUCACCGUGAACAGAAGCUGGAGAAUUGUUCACUACAAGGACCUUGUUGCUCGGAUACCACGUAGUUCUGACGAUGCAUACCACCAUGGGAUGGAAAUAUAUUACCCUCGUGUGGAUAUGAAUUACACGUCGAACUACGUGGAAUGUCGAGGAGAUGAAGACAUGGAAUGUAGCAAAGGUCAAGGAAUCGAUUUCAUUAAUGGCAUUGAAUAUCACACGUCAUAUUUUGGUAUAAAUCUCGGAGAGCACUGCAAAAACGAACUGCGAUAUCGACGCUCGUCCGAAGAACCUAGAUUUCCUGAUAAUCAUUGCGAGGUUAUUUCACUCAAGGAUGCCGAAAAGCUUGCAAAUACAGAAAUAAAGACAGUAACAGAGAGCCAGUGUGAUUUUGAGAAUGGCUUUUGUGACUGGUCUCGUGCAUCGGGUAGCACUUUCAAUUUUCAAAGACACCAGGGACAGACUGACGCUGCAGGAAAAACAGGACCUCGAACGGAUUGUAAAGGCUCAAAAGGCUAUUUCAUCUUCGCCGAUGCAACUGGAAACUUACGAGAACUUGCAAAACUUCGUUCGCCAAAUUUUCCGAUUGGACCGUAUUGUUUAACGUUUUACUACCACAUGUAUGGAGAAGAUAUGGGCGCGCUAAAAGUGUUUGUAUAUUCAAACAAGACACGCAAAAAGUUACUGGAAAGGUCAAAGAGUCAAGGAGACCGUUGGAUCAAGCAAAGAGCGAAUGCAAAAUUCAAAAAGGCAGAAAUUGACACCAUACAUUUUGAGUUUGAAGCCCGAAUUGGCAAGAAUUACGCGAGUGAUAUUGCUUUGGACGACAUCAGCAUCACGCCAGGACUUUGCCACUAGUGGAAAAAUUUAAUAGACCAAAGACAAUGUUGCCAAUCGUUUAUGAAUAGGUUGCUUGACUUAAGGACAUAUAAUUGUACCAGCUUUUGGAAUUAAUCGACAUCGUUGCCAUGGUUUUAAAUGUUGAAUAAUUUGAAGAGAGUAAAACAUUUUGGCGGCAUAUGCACAUUUUGCUAUACCUAGAGUUUAUUCGUGUGUUGCAUAUGUAUGUUUCAUUAAUCGUAUUUUAUAUACUUGAUUCCGUUUUAUCGAAGACAAGAAACCUUACUUGGUCUUCUGUAUAUGUAUUUUUCUAUUAAACAGAUAAAGACGGGG